AUGUUGACUAGUAUUAAAUCAACAUCCCUUUACAGGAUUGUUAGUAGUAGUCAUACAAUACUUGGCAAUCAUCUUAUAAAUAAUAGUCAAGGAGGUUUUUUAUUGCGAUCGUAUCGUUCUUCGUCGUCGUCAGGCGGAGGAGGAGGAGGAGGAGGAGGAGGAUCAGAAGCAAGAAGUGUAGAUAAAGAUAUUAUAUUUGGUAGAAAGAGUAAUAGUAGUGCUGGUGAUAAUAGUAAUAGUAAUAGUAAUGGUGGUGGCAGAAAUAAUAGAUAUGAUAACAGAGAUGAUCGUAGAGAUGAUCGUAGAGUUGACGGUCGGUACGAUAAUAAUAAGAAUCAUACUCGAAGAAAUGAAUAUCAACGAUCAAACACUGCCGACUAUAGUGUUGGUCGUACUACCAAGUAUUUGGUCGAUAACAACAGCAACGGUGGAAUGGACAAAUCAUCAAGAAGAGAGUUUAAACAAGAAUUAAAUAAUAUUCAAUAUGGACAACAACAAAGAUCAUCAUCUCCACGUGUCUCAAGACAACAAGAUGAACCAAAAGAAGAAGAAUCGGGAGGAGAAGGAGUAGUAGAACAAUUACCAAAAGAUGAACUACAUAUAGUUGGAUUACAUACUGUUUUGGAGACAUUUAAAUGUAGACCUGAAUCAUUUCAAAGAUUAUAUAUCAAUAAGGAGACAUAUGACAAACAAUCGGCUGCACUGGGUGCCAUCAUAAGACACAUGGUUGAACACAAACUACCAUACAGAUUCUUUGACAAGGAGGAUGGACAGAUGGAACGAGUGGCCAAGAACAGACAUCAUGAAGGUGUAUGCGCAGUCAUCAAGUCGAAAAAGGUGUUGACACCAGAAGAGGCGUUUGAAAAGGAGAUGAACAAGACAUUCAAGCAGACACCACCUGUAUCACACUCGUUUACAUCGACCAACAAACAAACGAGUGGUGAAACCAAUGUGGUGCGUCCCAUUGUCGUCCUCUUGGACGGUGUAGAGAAUCCAAUGAACAUUGGUUCGAUUGUUAGAACAUGUGCUGGUUUUGGAGUAGAGACACUCUAUCUAUUCAAUCAAGAGGGUGCAUCGGCCAGUGGAAGAGUCAAUCCAUUCUCAACGGCCUCUUAUUUGUCGAGUCGUGGAGCUAUCGAACAUCUCGACGUUAUCCCCAUCACCGCUAGAAACACUGCUAUCAAUAUGAUCAAGGAAUUUGCCGAACAAAAGUGGGAGAUUGUCAGUACGGCCACUGCUAUCUCUGACAAGGCUCUCACACUCUUUUCAGAGGGUAGUGCAUUGACAUUGGGAACUAAACCACUAUUACUUAUUUUUGGGUCAGAGUCACACGGUAUCAAUCCUGGUAUCGCCAAACUGUCCACUGCCACCCUCACCAUUCCAGGUACUGGUCUCAUAGACAGUUUAAAUGUAUCUCAAUCAGCUGCUAUUAUCCUUGCAGAGUGUUGGAGAAUACAAGGUAGAAGAUUAACUGGAAAUUCAAGAAGAAGUAGAAAAAGAAAGAAAGAAAGAAAGAAAGAGAUGACUAGAUCCUCAAACGAAUCAGAUGAUGAGGAAUUAUCUUCGUCUGAAGAAAACUAUAAACACAAUGGAAAGAGUCAUCGUCGCAAAUCAUCAUCUUCACUUGAAAAGACUACGACGAAUAAUAACGAUGAUGAUGAUGAUGAUAAGGAUGAUGGGGAAGUGGAGGAGGAGGAAGAAGAGGAAAAUGGAGAUCAACAUAUAGUCAAUGGAGAACAGAAAGGCGAUAAUGAAGAGGAUGGUCAUCAUGAUGAUCGAGACGACGAUAACGAUAACGAGAACAAUGACGACAAUGAUGGUGAAAUGCAUCAAGUAAUGGAACAAGACCAAGAUGAAAACGAUGAUGAAAACAACAAUAGUGAUAAACAACAAGAUGAAAAAGAAGAAGAAGAAGAAGAAGAACAAUCAGAUGAUCAAAUGAUCAAAGAAGAAUCAAGAAUAUAUAACGCCGAAAAGAAAGAUCAUAAAUCAUUGUCAUCGUCAUCGUCAUCAUCAUCAUCAUCAUCAUUGACUAAAUCAACAACUACUACAAAUACUACAACAAAAAAGGAAGGAACACAAGUUGAUCCAGCCGAUUUGGAUGCAUUGACCAAUUUGAUCGUUCACAAUAUACCCAAACACUUUACCAAUGAAGAUUUAAAAGAUUUGUUUGAGGAGUUUGGAGAGAUUGAAAGCUACAAGGUAGUAGCCAAUAGAAAAGCACCGUCUACUCUUUUGCCCCAACAACCACCACCACAAGCCAACAUGGGCUAUGGAUUUGUAAAAUUUGUACAUUCAGAGAGCGCAGCAGCCGCCAUCGAAUCGAUGAACGGUCACAUGACAGACUCGAAAACCAUAAAGGUUUCCUAUGCUACACCGACAUCACAACAAUCUACACACGCCAACCUCUACAUUAAUCGACUUGAACCACACGUCACCAAAGAAGACUUGGCAGAGGCUUUUUCCAAAUUUGGUGAACUCGUCGAAACCAGAAUCCUAAUGGACCUCAACACCAACACAAGUAGAUGUGUUGGUUUUGUUCAUUUUUCUAAUCGUCGUGAUGCACUCGCUGCAUUAUCAGCAAUGAAUGGUGCAAACAUUUCUCAACAAUCAACUCCUAUUUAUGUAAAAUUUGCAGAUCAAAAAGAUGAUAAUAAGAAAAACAAAGUUACAAAAACUAAAGAUCCAAAUGAUAAUCGACUACCCAUACAAUCUUCAUCAUCAUCAUCAUCAUCAUUACAGCAACAUAUGAAACAACAAAAACACAGUAAUAAUAAUGGUGGUAAUAAUACAUCAUCCAAACAUCAUCAUCAUCAAAAACAACAACAACACCAACAACAACAACAAAUUCAUCAACACCAACCUCAAAUUGCUCCAGCAAUAUCUGGGUAUCAAUAUAUGGAUCAUAGUGGUUUAUUGGGUAGUAUGGCCAUUCCACCUACACCAGCAGCUUACAACCCAUCUAUAUAUAUGUAUCCAAUGGCUAGUGGCGGAGGUGGUGUAUAUAGAAACACCAAUCCUCCAUCUCGAUACGAUCCAAUAGGCAGAAAUCUUUUAACCAACCAAUAUCAUCACCAUCCAGCAUCUAUUCAGGCCGCUUCCAACCCUUAUCCCUUUUCCUACUAUCCACCUCAAAUCUCUCCCAUUCAAACUCAAUUAUUAAAUCUUUAUAAUACUCAAGCUUAUGUACAACAACCACCACCACCAUUAAAUUAUUCGCUACUAUAUUCAGUUCAUGUUUCAAAUCUUCCCAACAACUCCGAUGAAGCCUAUAUUUAUAAAUUAUUUGGAGCAUUGGGUGCAAUAGCAAAUGUAAAGAUGCUCAACAAUCACCAAGCAAUCAUCAACUAUUUGACAAUCGAAGCCGCUCAAAAUGCAAUUGUCAAUUUAAAUAACAAGUCUGUUGGUGGCAAAACCUUAAAAGUAAAAUCACAAUAA